AUGCAGCUCGCUCUUUUCUUGUCCUGGUGCUGCUGCCUGCACGGAUGCGCGCUGGGCACUGGCUUCCUCUAUCAAUUCCCAGCAUCAACCUUGCAGCACAACUACCCAGAGCAGAGCUCCGGCUCGCCGGGCAGCGGCUUCGCCAGUCGCCGGCACUGGUGUCACUACACAGUCACAAGGACAGUCUCCUGCCAGGUGCAGAACGGGUCAGAAACGGUGAUCCAGAGAGUUUAUCAGAGCUGCCGCUGGCCGGGACCUUGUGCCAACUUAGUCAGUUACAGGACUCUCAUCAGGCCCACGUACAAAAUGUCCUACAGAACCGUGACCACGCUGGAGUGGAGGUGCUGUCCUGGCUUCACAGGGAGCAACUGUGAGGAGGAGUGCAUGAACUGCACCAGGCUGGCUGACAUGAGCGAGAGGCUGAACACGCUGGAGGCCAAGAUCCUGCUGCUGGAGGCUGCAGAGAGGAGCCCAGCCCUGGAGAACAACCUGCCCAUCACGGGCACCACGGCCACGUGGGACCAGGAGCUGCUGCCCGACGCCUUUCCCCUGCUGAACCCUGGCACCAAGAGGAGAAGGAUUCCAGGCCAGGUUGGUCCCCCAGGCCCGGUUGGCCCCACGGGGCUCCCAGGACCUCCAGGGCCCAAAGGAGAGAAGGGACAGCCUGGGGAGAGGGGCCCUGCAGGGCCACCAGGGAUGCUGGGACCUCAGGGACCAAGAGGACUUCCAGGAGAAACUGGGAUCCCAGGUCCCCCAGGUCCUCCAGGGCCACCAGCCACGCCAAGCCUUCCUCUCACCUUCCAGCAAGGGGUUCUCUACUCACUGCAGCCCACAGCUGACAAAGAAAAUGGAGAAGCCCAGCUGGCCUCCACCGUCAUCGACACCAUCCUGGCAGGGCUGCCCGGCCCGCGGGGAGCCCCGGGGCCUGUGGGGCCACCAGGACCCAAAGGGCCCCCAGGACCCAUUGGAGCCCCUGGAUCACAAGGCUUGCCAGGAUCUCCAGGACAGCCUGGACCAAAGGGAUCCAAAGGAGACCGAGGAGAGAGGGGGCAAGCAGGUCUGCCUGGAGAGAGGGGCAUUAAGGGACUGCCUGGUGAACCAGGCAAGAAGGGUGAGGAAGGAGACAAAGGUGCUGAUGGGGAAGGUGUCCAACAGCUUCGAGAGGCUCUGAAGAUUUUAGCUGAGAGGGUAUUGAUCCUUGAGCACAUGAUAGGAAUUCAUGACUCUUUGUCUUCCAUUGAGCCAGGCUCUGGACAGGAUGUGAUCCCAGGCUCCCCCCUGAGAAGCAGCAUCAAGAUCAAGCGAGGAGGACCCCGGCAGCCCCAGGCCCACCAGAUCCUCUCCUCCCUGCUGGAUGAUGCUGAAGCCAGAAGGAGAAGCCACAGGAUGAAGUAGGAGCAUCUCUGUGUCCUCCCUGCCUGUUCUGCAGUUCAAGAUCCAGUACCCAGUGCUGAAUUGCACCCUGCAGAUGAAGAAGGUGGGAGGCUGCAGUGUUGGUGGCUGGGUUUCCUUCCCUGGCCAAUUCUGAGCCCUGGUUGCAGGGAAUGACUUAUCCAUAGCUCAG